AAAUGGCUCUCAUUAGAUUAUAUAUUCAAUUCAUUCAAAUUAUAAUUCGUGAAAUUGGAGUCAGUGAGUUCGUCGAUUAUUACUUAAACAUGCGCGUCGAUAGUCUUUUAUUUUUCUUCUUUUGUAUUUUUUCUUGUUCAGUGUUCGUUUUCGGUAUAUAUGUAGAAUCAGUGCUCAAGAGGAUAAGGUCUCUAAGGAGAUCAAGAUCAUCUUCUACUCAGUCUCCCCUUCUCCUAAUCUUCCAAGAAUCAUAUGAUACUUCAAAAGCUAAAAAUAAAUUUUUCACGGCGUUCUCUAUGGAAUUCUCAGUGGUAUUUACUUGAUGAGAGUCUUCACGAUAACUUUCCCUGCUCCAGUGCAGCAUCGAUGACAACGUUCUUCACAUCUGUCGCGUGAGUCGCAUGCAUUUAUGUUCCUCCGGUCACUCAAUCAUGUCGUAGGACGAAAGGUCCGAAUCGGCACGGGUGACUGGUUGUAUACAUAGAGU